AUGAUGGACAACGUAGACCCUCAAGAAUACGAAGAAUUUGCGGCUGAAUACAGAGUAAACAAUCACGAUGCUAAGGAUGGGGAAAUUAUCCUAGCAUACCUUGCACGGAAACAAAAACAGCAAGUAUCAGUGCCUUUCAAAAGAAAACUGAUGGAUGAUGAGUCAUCGUCCAAACGACCAAAAACUGGCCUUGAACUAUGGGACUAUUGGUUUGACACUCUUACUUCAACGGUGAACAUUCAUGCUCCCCCUAAACUCUAUCCUGAGAGUGCACAAGAACUUGCUGGUCGCUUUCGCAAAUCAGGGGUUUUCCUACCAUUUAGUGGUAAAUCCUCUGUGGAUAUGCGUCUUGAUGAACAUCCUACCCCCAUGGGCAAGAAGCUUGUCGAACUAUUCCGGAAAACCAAUAAUUUCAACAUUCUCAUCUCAUUUUCUGGUGCUGGCAAGACUCGGGCCAUAUUUGAUGUAGCCAUGCAGAAUAGAGGAGUCUUCUUAAUGUAUAUUGAAUGCAAGGUGGAGGUGGUAGGUGAACCAACCAGCAACCGUAAUUUCGCGCAGCUCUACGAAGACAUAGAGACAGUCGAUGACACCACUGGGCUACAGAAUAAUGAUGGUAAAGCAGAGGCACGCCGUCUUAUUUCCUUGGAGUACACUUCCCGGAUCUUCUACCUCAUUCUGCUCAUUAGAAAGAUCAAGGACCUUACUCCACGCAGCUACCUACUCUCUCAGCUCAAUGGCAGACAGGAGUCUAUUGCAGAGAUCAAAUCAUCACUAAAGAUAGAAAGUAAAGGAAAUUUGGAUGAGCUUUUCCGAGUGGCCUCCCAUAAGCUGUCGGAUAUUUUGCCCCCUGGAUCUCAGUUGGCUAUUGCAAUUGACGAGGCCAGUACUGCCAGCAAACUUUUUUACCCAAAAUUCCAUAAUAUCCAUGGUAACCCACGUGGCUUGCUAAUGCCGAUGUUAGAAUUUCUCAUUCCAUCACGUAAGAUUCCUGUAGUGAUUGCUGGCACUUCAUUUACACUUAAACAUGGGGAUAAAGUUGAGAGUGAUGUUGGCAAAACUACAAAUGAGAAUGUUAUUAUGGACUUUGAGACACUGACAAUUGAUAAAGUCAAAGCCUAUAUCAAACAUUAUCUCAACCUCUCAGGCUGUGAUAUCGGAAGAAUUGAAGACUGGAAAUACCUUGCUGGUCGCCCCCACUUAGCUGCUCGGUUGUUAUGUGAAAUUGUACAGGGGGAGAAUCGUGAGCAAAAUGAAACAAAACAGACUGUGUUAGAAAGGGCUAUUAAGGAGACAGUAAAUGUCAUCAGCAAACGUUUGACAGAAGGUCUUUCUUUUCUAACUAAAGAUGUAAUUGGUAAAAGGGACCCUCUUGCCCUUAUUCUCCAAAAUAUCUUGGAAAAUGUCUUUAUUUCUUGCCACUUCUUCUCUGGCAUUGGCCAUGUAACUGAUUAUGACGAUAAAUCGACACGCCUUGUUGAAUGUGGGAUUACUUCUUUGAGGCAGACACAAAGUGUACGUUAUAUUCAAGUCAAUGAACCUUUGGCAAUAAGGGUUGUCAACACUGUGCUUGGUAUCGAGUUCAAAAGUCCAGCUACAACACUCACCAAUAGACUAUUUGCAAAGUUAAAUGAACGUGCCAAUGCUUCAGACACGUCAAAAGGCAAAGCAUGGGAAUAUCUUAUCCUGGCACAAAUGCUGACUUACAAUGGCAAGAAAGUCGUCGACUUAAUCAAACUGUUUUACAAUGAUCAUCAAAUAUUGCAGGAAAAGCUACACCGAAAACCAAAUGGAGAUUCUCUUAAGGUCACUGAACUACCAAAAUGGACAUAUACUGCAACCUUCAAUGUGGAGUCCUAUGGAGAUGUAGAAAUGCUCUCCCUGCUGUGCAACAAGUCGUAUGAAGAUGGUGUGGAUGUCAUCAGUGACUGGCUUGCAUCUCCAGAGAAUCGAAAGUAUAUUCUUCAACCUGAAAAUGCAAUGCGCCCAGAUGGACUAUACAUUGGUCACAUUGAUGGCCACCAUAGUCAUUAUUGGACCCUGCUAUUCAGUGCAAAGUUCUACAGCAAUGCAAUGUCAGGCCAAGAGAUCAAUCAGGAUAAAAAUUCUACAAAUUGGAGCUUGGCUUAUUAUACUAAGGAUCUUAGAAAAGCACCUAAUUGUCAUUUGAUUGACAAGCUUGCAGAAGCACGACGACUUUAUAAGCAUCAUGGCUCUCUCCGCAUUCAUUUUAUAAUGCCAGGCUUGGCUUCAUGCAGUGAUGGGUCAGAUAGAGGAGGUUGUCGAGUGGAGGACAAUGAUGUUAUCAUGUAUAUUGAUAGAACCAUGUUGGGAAAGUUGUUCCAAUCCUCUCCUGAUAUUGCAGAAUCUAUAGAAGUCCUUUUGGAGUAA